CAUGCGUUUAGGAUCUCUAUGUUAAUCUUGACGGAUAAGUGCAUGCGCAUUGCCAAAAAUGUUGUAUUAUUGUAGAAGACUGACGCAGGUGCUUGGAAGAAAAAAAAAGUGGAUUACCGCAUGCGCAUUGCAAUGAGUAGACGGCGCUAUGCGCAUGCGUUGUUCCUUGUGUGCUUGUGAAUGCGCUUUGGAGAUACGUAUAGAGCGGGUGGGACCGAUCUAUACGUCAUUCAGUAUGAAAUAAGGAAAUGGCUGAUGGGAAGAGUGAGGAACGGAGUAUCCUGGUCAACCCCUAUAGCUUGUAUUGUAAGAAGUGUGAUGAGUUACAAGGCAAUAAAAUGUGGCGUGCGCUUUCAGCCCCCUGCCAUCAUCUUGGUAUACGAAGAGAAAAUGGAAGGAAAAUCCCGGCAGCGUAUCAUGCCCAUAAGGAACUUCUCCAGAUUUUCAGAUUGCAGCCGUGCAGCAGAACAGCUGAAAAACAACCCACGACACAAGCUAUACUUAGAGGAUGUAUCACUGAAGCAGCUAGAAAAACUUUAUCGAUUGUUAAGUGGACACCUAAAGGGGAAUAACCUAGAUGUCACCCUAGAAAGUAUUCGGAGGGAGGAAACUACUGACUCAGAGGAAGAUUUGAACAAGCUAGACGACAAGGAACUAGCCAAGAGGAAGAGACUGAUGGAUGAACUUUUUGAGAAAAAUAGAAAGACAAAGGAUGACCCACAGUUUGAGUACAACGUGGAGGUGGAUUUUUCACAUGAUGGGCCAGUGGAAACCUGUGGUUGGGAUGAUGAGUCUGAUAUUGGUUUUUAAUCUUAAGCCCCGGACACUGAUGUUAUACAUGAGUAUAACUACAUACCCAGAUUUGUAAUAGACACAACAAUUAUCCUGUAAAAAACAAAUAUGUUGUGCACAGUACUUAAGGCCAGUAUAGUUCUUUGAAGAAAAAAAACAAAUAUGGCUAAGGCUAUGGCAAUGCAAGUUCCUCUAGUCAAAAACAAUGAGCGUGAACUUCCAUGGAGUCCUGUUUGCGGCCAUAUAACAUGCAGUACAAAUGGAGAUGUAAAAAAAUGAAUUGCCAAAGUCUUGUUUCAGUGCUAAAUAUUGUUGAUUAUAAGUAGCUUAUGUAUUUUAUCUAAUGAAACAUACUUUUAAAAUUAACAAUGAAAAUGAGGCGCCUGAUCCAAACAACUUGCAAAGUUAUCAGGGUCAUGCAAAUUAAAGUUUCAUUAUUCUGAUAGAGCAUAUGGAAUUUUAAAUAGACUUUUGAAUUUACUUCUAUUAUCAAAUAUAUUUCAUUCUAUUGAUAUCCUUUGUUUGAAAAGCAUAUCUAGGUAGGCUCAAUAGCAGCAGUGCACUACUGGGAGCUAGCUGGUGAUUAGUGGCUACAUAGAUAUUUUGUUAGUUGUUUCACAGUUUGGACAAGACUGUUUUAAUGUCAUAACUUUGCAUUUUUUUGAAAAAAAAAUUUUAACAGUAAAUGAGGAACUAGAUCAGAGAUUAAAGUUCAUUAUCACAUAAUUCUUAUUUAAGGAAGUGAGGCCAAACUAAGCUUAAAUGUAAAGUGUACAAAAACUUGCAUAAUGUUCAUGUGUGCUUUGUAGAAAUCUUUAUAAAUCAAUAACAGAAGAGCAAAUAUUGAAACAUGUUCUAAGGCACAAUUAAUGUUUACUUAGGCAUCACUGCAGUAUUGUUCAAAUCAUUUUUAUAACAGGACAUGUCCUCUGUUGAAAAAGAAGAGAAAUUACAUGUGGUAAAGCUCAUGUACUCAUUGUAUGUAUAUAACCAAACAUAAAUAAUCAAAGUAGUGGAACUACAAAGGUUACAUUCAAAAAAUUAUGUUCAAGCAUAACAAUAAAAUAGUGCAGACUGCA